GAAUCUCAAUGCAUUAGGUAGAGGCAGGCUUUAGAGGAGGGUGACAGGGUCAAUAACUACUCACUAUUUUAUCCACAAGCCUAGAGAAGUUGGUGACAUAGUAAAGUAAAUGAAGGAGUUGGUAUUAUAUAUAUGAUCCUCCUUGCUUUGCAUUUUAUUGUCAUUGGUUCAAGGUCUUCUGCUUACACAACCUUUCUUGUAAACUUUUUUGAGUCUUAGAAUAGAAGAGGCUAUAGACAUGGCUAGAACAAUUUUAGCUUCUUUCUUGGUUCUGAUGUUGGCUUUUCCCACUGCAUUUGGAACUGACUUUACUGUUGGUGAUAGCGGUGGAUGGACCCUAGGAACUGAUUACAGCACAUGGGCCGCUGGGAAAUCCUUCAAAGUUGGUGAUAAUUUGGUGUUCAAUUAUGACUCCAACCAUGCAUUGGAUGAGGUUAAUGCGAAUGGCUACAACGGCUGCAGUUCAAGCAAUUCCAUAAAGAGCUACCAAGAUGGAAACACCAAAAUUGCGUUGUCUUCACCAGGCAAAAGGUACUUCUUGUGCCCCAAACCAGGUCACUGUUCUGGAGGCAUGAAGCUUGAAGUCAAUGUAGUUGCUGCUAGUAGCACCCCACCAACCACCCCAAGUGGUUCUCCUCCUACCACCCCAUCAACUGCUUCUCCUCCUUCUGAGUCUGGCACCCCUGCAACCAGCACUACUCCACCAUCACCAAAGCCUAAUGGAGCAAACACUGUUUCUAGUGCCAUUAGUCUUUUGGUGGGGUCUUUCUUUGUGUCAGCAAUUAUGUUUGGUUUCAUGGGCUAGGGAAGAGACAGUGCUGUUUACUCUUAUUAAUAUGUUCCCGUUUUGUUUCAAUUUGUGUGAAUUUCAUUUAAUUUGAGAUGUAUAUCUUGAUCUUGAUAUGUAUCACCCUUUAAUAAGGAAAAAAAAAAAACAUUUCUUUGA